CAUACACGCCAAAAAGGCGCACUCGGGUACAACAAAUAUGCACGACCACAUUAAUGUGCUCAUGACCCAGAUCCCACACUCACCCAGAGCUCUGACCGCGGCGAUGUGGGGAAGAAGAGCCCUGCUGCUGAACGUGCGUCCGAUACUGAGCAAUGUCCAUGGUUUGGGGCGGCUGCUGUUGCUGAAGAAACUGCUGUUGAUAGUACUGUUGUCUAAAGGCGUCCUCCUGCUGGUAUUGCAGCUGCUGCUCGUACUGGAACUGACUCGCGUGGUGUUCCUGUUCGUGGAAACCUUGCCUCGACUGCUUCCUGGAGCCCUGUUCGUGCUGUGGCUGUUGUUGCUGGCUUUGGUCAGGGGUUUGAGAUUGGAUCCAAGAGUAGGGCACCUGGGGAAUGAUUGCUCCAGUGGACUGACGCGACUUUGCUGGCAGGGAUUUGCGAUAGUUGUCCUUGCCGUCGGCGUUGUAUUCUAGUAAUGAUAAUCAGGCCAUUAGGCCGUUAGUUUAGUCCUUUUGUGGAAAAGAUUCGUAUACGACGUAGCAAGCAGUUUCAGCGCCCCCCUGUUUCAAGAGAAGAGUACAUCAGGAUGCGAUGAGAGAGAUGGAAUGAAGAAAGAGAUGAAAAAAAGAGAGAGAGGGAUUCGGAUUUUUUUUUCUUUCGCCCCCUAAAAACCUCCACGAG